AUGCGGGUGUACAGGCCAGGAGAUGCACUGGGGAAGAGCAUGAAGUCAAACAGAGUGAUGGCUGUUGCUACCGUGCCGCUCUUCUCCUAUGUUAGGUUUGAUAUACUUCGAAGGAUAAUGACUAGAUUUUUUGGAAUUGAAGUUAUCAUGGUGAUGGGGAUCACAGACAUAGAUGACAAGAUCAUAAAAAGAGCUAAUGAGAUGAAUAUAUCGCCAGUAGCUCUUGCUCGUAUUUAUGAAGAAGACUUUAAACAAGAUAUGGCUGCCUUAAAGGUCCUUCCUCCUACAGUUUAUAUGAGAGUGACUGACAAUAUUCCUCAGAUAAUUUCCUUUAUAAAAACAAUAAUUGCUAGUGGACAAGCUUACGCAACCUCGCAAGGCAAUGUUUAUUUUGAUGUUAAGUCUUGGGGAAAAAGAUACGGAGUAUUAACUACUAUUUAUCCUGAUACCCAAGAUGAAGCAGCUGAUACUGAUAAACGACAUGGUAAAGAUUUUGCCCUGUGGAAGGCUGCCAAACCUCAAGAGAUAUCUUGGACUUCUCCCUGGGGAAAAGGAAGACCUGGAUGGCACAUUGAGUGUUCCACAAUAUCAAGUGCAGUGUUUGGAAAGCAGCUGGACAUCCAUACCGGUGGAAUAGAUCUUGCAUUUCCUCAUCAUGAAAAUGAAAUUGCACAGUGUGAAGUGUAUCAUCAGUGUGAGCAAUGGGGGAAUUACUUUUUGCAUUCUGGGCACUUGCAUGUUAAAGGAAGUCAAGAAAAAAUGUCCAAGUCAUUAAAAAACUACGUAACGAUUCAGGUAAUCUAUUUCUGUGAAUUGAAGAAAU